GCUAGCAGAAAGGAGCAUUGCCAGCUUCCUGUGGCUUGAAGGAUUCUUUACUGAGAUCAAAAGAGCUCAGAUGAGCCAGUCCAACAGUUUUCUUUGGCCUUGGGUGCACAACACAAAGCCAAAGUGUUGGCUAAUAUUUAUCACUGAAGGAUUCCAAACAUCCAUUUCUCCUUAACUUCAGACUUUCUUAGAAAUAUUUCAGGGGUCUUUAGCCAACAUAUUCAGUCUUUCUGAACUUGGUCUGCAGAUUUCUAGAAUGCUGUUUUCUGUGGCUCAAUGACCUCCAAAUUUCUUCUUGAAGAAAGCUGUGAUUUCCUAGUGGCAAAAUCAACCCAAACCACCAAAGUCCCCUUACUCUGAUGAUGAAAUUCCCAUUAAUAGCUGCCAAGAACACCAGAGCAACUAACUGCCCCUGUGCAUACAUAAAGUAUAGAAUAAUCAAUAGGAUGCAUGAGGUGUUUUGUCCUGGCUUCCCUGCCAGUUAAAGAAAGGCAAAUUAUUGUGCAAUGGCAGCAAGACACUGCUAAUAGGCUCUGACAACAAAGCAGAUGUGUUUUGCUUGUUCUCUGGGAUCCUUUGAUCCCACAGGAGCACACCCACAGUUUCAGAGUGAAAUGGUAUUUUUCUGUUGCCCCACAUUCUCCUCUUGCCUCCUGUGUUCAUCUGACAGCACUGUGCAGUAUCAACUGGAGGUAAAUCUCCCUCUUUGCUGAGUAGGUAAUGCCUUCUUGUGCAAGGAUUGCACAUGAUGAAUUUAAGGUAUAAGCCUCUUCUGUUCACACUCUUCCUUUCUUUGUUCACUUUUCUUUCCUUUCCUCCCUCCCUCCCUUCCUUCCUUAGGCAUUAUGGACAGGAGAUGGUGAAGAUGUUGCUCAAUCAUCAAAAAUUUAAAAUGCUUUUGGAACGAUCUCUUUCCACCAGUGACCUGGAAGAUAUUCUGACAAGAAUGAAGAAGGAAGGGAUGGAAAACCAGAAGGCUGAACGCCCAUCUGUCAAGGAGCUGGUGAAGAAGAGGAACGAUGGCUCCAAGAAGCCCCAGGCCACAUUGUCUUCUAGCAAACAGGUGAAAUCUACCUCUGAUGGAUGCCUCCUACACCGUGCACAAGCCCAGGUCACGUUACCUCCGGUUGAGGAAGAAACGGAGCUGCUCCAGAAGCUUUACAAUCUCCUGGAGGCCAAGGGGUUUCAGACGCGCAUGGAAGGAGUGGCACUCCUCCAAGACUUGUGCAAAACUAGCCCCCAGCUCAUCUCCACUAACAUUGUCCAAAUUUUUGAAUAUUUUGUCCUGAGAAUAUCUGACAGCCACAAGAAAGUGAAGCAGAAGGCGCUGGACGUGCUGGCUGAAAUCACAGGCGUCCUGAAAGAUGCCUUGAACCCGGUGAUCAUUGAUUUGGUGGAAGGAAUAACGAAGAACCUGAACUCCAAGGACCCCAGGGUUCGUGCUGCAGCUGUGAAAGCGCUGGAAGAAUCCAUUGCUCAUUUAGAUAAAGUAUCACUGCUGAAAGAGUUCAGCUACCACUGGAAUCACCUGAGUGGCCAAGCUCUGCUGGAUGUCAUGGAGUGUAUCACAGUGCUUGUGGAGUGGGUUUAUGCCAGGAGCCCUGAAGUGGUCCAGCACGACGCCCUGCUCGUGCUCUGGUCCUUCCUGGAGAACAAGGCGCUGCCGGUGCGAAGCGCCAAUGUCCGCACUGUGGCCACCAAGCUUGCCUCUGCCCUCUACAAGGUGAUGGGCACCAAGCUGAAGAGAUGUGCUGCCAGCCAGCCUCCACAUGUGCGGGAAAACCUCUCCAAAAUGUUGGGCUGUCAUGGCAUGGGGGGCCUGAAGCAACUCCAGACUGAGGACAAGGUGAAGGCUGAUCAUGGCUCAGCCUCACACAGAGAUCGGACUGUUUACAGUCUUACCGAGAAGGUUCCUCUGGACAAUUCCCAUGGUGCCUUACCCACAAAGUCCUUGCCUGCUGUACAGAGAUCUCUUUUCUCCAAGUUCAGGAAGAAGCUGCUGCCUGUAUGA